AUGAGAUCUAUAACAUCAUCCGACAUUCCACUUAUUAUAGCUUACAUUAUUAUUCUAUUUCACCUCUUUGUUGAUACGCUUUUACGUCAAAACGCGGAUGCUAGGAGGUUCGACUUAGAUAAUGAUACCGAUAAAAGCUCUACACUGUUCGUUUUUAUCGCUUUCAUCAUUGUGCUUGGCAUUCCCGUCUUUAUGUUAUCAAUUAUUAUUGGUUUAAAUGAUAAUCUUGGGAUUGGUGUAAUUGAAUCACCUUAUCGCGAAAUAUUAUCAUGGAGUGGAAUUAUACUUAUUUUGUUUGGAUUUGGUCUCAGAGCAUAUGCGAUGAGAAUUAAUCGGUUUUUUACGCGAACUUUAAGAAUCGGUGAAGGACAAUUCAUCGUAACUGAAGGCCCGUAUAGGUAUAUACGUCAUCCAGGUUACGCAGGUCAACUGCUAAUGUGGCAUGGCUUUGGUCUGUCUUCUGGAAAUUGGAUCGUUUUCAUAAUAAUCUCUAUUAUAAUUAACAUCACUUAUUGGUAUCGUAUACGUUGUGAAGAAUUCAUGUUAUUGAGAACUUUUGGAGUCGAUUAUUUAGAAUAUUCUACUCGAGUAAAAAAAAUAAUUCCGUUCAUUUAUUAA